UAUCGAGGCGACGGGAUAAUCCUAAUACAACGUGUCCCCCUGUAGCUCCCUCUCUCGGCCCUCUCCAUCACCUUCCUGUCCCUCAUUUCCCUCCUCCUCCUCCUCACCUACGUGUAUACAAUGCCUAGUCACCUCGGUAUAUAUCUAGUCAGCUUGGUUUUCCCCUUCCUCCUCCUCCUCCACCCCUCCAAUGGCCGGGAUAUUGAAAGAGAGAUGACUGUGGAGGUGAAGGCAGGGACGGAGGAGUGCUUUUACGAGGUGAUAAAGGGAGGAGAAACUCUGGACGUGGAAUACCAGGUCAUUGAUGGUGGUCAAGGAGAGCUGGACGUUGACUUCUACAUGGCGGGACACACUGGAAAUGUGCUGUUGCAGGAUGUGCGGCGCUCUGAGGGCACCCACAGAAUCACCAUAAGUGAGGAGGGUCACUACCGCCUCUGCUGGGACAACACGUUCUCCCACUUCAGCACAAAGACAGUCUUCUUUGGUAUCACAAUAGAGAAUGAUGAUGACGAUGACCUCUGGGAUGAUGGGUUGGAGGAGACCAUCACAGCAGAGGAGAUUUAUGAGAUGAAGAUUGAAGACAUCAAGGAUGCCAUGGGUAGGAUCCGUGCCCACCUUACAAAAUCCAGGUUCAUGCAGGACCAGCUGAGGGCAUAUGAGGCCCGGGACCGCAAUGUGGCAGAAAACAACUGCACCAAAGUCAAUACUUGGUCGAUGAUUAAUAUUAUAGUCAUGAUAGUGACUGGCAUGAUCCAGGUCAUAUUGUUACGGAGUUUGUUUGAUGACAAGUCUCGGCUACAUGGGAUUUGGAAGAAGGGAGCGCCAUCUACAUUUUCCUAGGGGGUGGCUAUGGUUAGGUUUUAUUGAAUUGCUGUGGCAUAGGUUUUAAUAUUUUAUCUUUCCUCCUGGUUCAGAUAGAGCACAGCUUUGUCAGAGACAAGGGAGGAAACUGUGUGAAGGUGAGUGACAAAAUAUUAGUUUUAAACUACUUUUCGAUAUUGCGAUUGUAAAUUUGUGCCUGUGUGAAAGUAAUUAGUGUUGAAGAUGUAGAGUAUAUUUGGGUAAAGCUAAGUUACCAGCCAUCAGGGAAUUAACGAACAUGAAUGUGUCACUUUUAUUGAGUGGUUUGUUUUAAUGCACAAGUAAUGAUUGCAGCAAUAAUAUAAUAGAGGUUUAUACCUAGUAUGUUUGUGACGGUUAUUACUUCAAAUUCAGCGUCAUGGUCCAACCGGCUGGGUGUGUGUCUUUCAGCUGUUAGUCAAAUGGAAAGGGCAUUUUAAUUUUAAUUUUUAUGCUGUGAAUUUUAAAAUUGUCAUUUGUUUUGCAGUUUUGACUAAGUGCCAUACUGAAAAUCAGUUUGCUCUGUAGCAGUUAUAACAAUGUAACCUGCUCAGUAAAGUAAUCUCCAUUUUAAAUUACUGAGUACAUUAAUCUGUCAAACAACACUGAAGAGUUGUCUGCUGGUCAAGUGGUCUUAAACCCAAGGCAGUAGCUCCCUGUUCAUCUCAGGCAUAGUCACUGGUGACACCACUUCAUGCAAAAAUAUAUUUCAGAUGCUCUCCAUUUACUAUGGAAUUGCCAUUGGUCUAUACUUGAGGAAAAUAAAAAUCAGUUUGUAUAAGUCAUCCAUAAAAAUUGUUGCAGGUGCCACCAUAUUUACACAAAGUACAGUAGUUAUAGUAUACUUUUCAAAAACUGUUGUCCGUGCUACCUGUAAUAAUGAGUUUGUUAAAUACCAUAAAAACUUUUUCAUGCAUAAACACAUCAUAAGCUGUGUGGGAAGUGCACUAUGCUGAGUACCUUGUGGCAUUUGCCAGAAAUAGAACUGGCAACAAGAGCCUUCCACUUUUAUUACAAAAGCCAUGAUAAUGAAGUAUAUGUGCCAGUCACUGUGUUCUUGGGGAAUAUUGUUGCAUUGAUGGAGAAGACUUUACUGCAUUGGAGAUCCUGUAGAGAAAAUGUAUUUUUAUCAUGAUCAAAGCUUCCUUUUCUUAUUGACGUGAAGGGGUAACUAUUUAUUUGUAUAUUUUUGGUAUAUGCUUACACAACACAUCAACUUCUCUGUAACUAAUGACUACUUACCAAUGACUUGUUUUAAAGUUCAGAAUGUGUCCUAUUUCAGUACUGAGGCAAUAGUAAGGAGUUGGCAAUGACACACAGUAUUGUAUUGUCAAUAAUACCUUGCAUACCAAAACUAGGCAGAAAUACAAAAUGAAGUAUAUUUCUGUAGCACAUUUAUGGGUUUAGGCUAUUCAUUAACUGAAAGUAAUGUAGAAAUUUCAAACCUCAGAGGAAAUGACUAAUGUUAGUUUUCAAUGGGAAAAUGUGGUUUUAUCAUGAUUUUUUUGUCAGGUUAUUAAGAACAGGGCUGAUAACCAAAGCUGGGAUCAAUGUUUUACAGAGUGCAGGACUACAGGUAUGGCAAAAAAAUAUAAUUCAUGAAAUUCUGGUUACUAAGGCUGCAGUCAACAAUAAGGGUACCUGCAAUACAUUUACAUAAUUGCAGGUUAGAAACAAUAUGAUUCAGCUUUUUACAGGAUUUUUAAAUAAAACAACAUUUUAAUAA